GCCCGGUACUACAUAGUACCUGGUACUACUGCACUACUGCCUGCGCUUGUAUCUUGGACUGUACUAGUAGGAUAUACCACUGUUGGCGGAUUGCUGGCGUCAUUAUUAUUCAAUCCAACUCAUCCUCUAUGCGGCCGCCUCCCUAAAAUAUGUUGCAAGUCCUUCUCGCGAUCGAACAACGUCUGCCCAGCGGCCAGUGCCCACAUAAGCGUGUCCAUAAUCGCCGUCGAGCUCCUCCCUGGCGUCCUCCAAGGGACCGGUAUCCGAACCACCGUGCGCCUCCAUCACGGCCAAUCGCCUUUACGCGCGUAGUCAGUGCGAUCCAAAGGGUCUAUGGGUGAAGAACACCCACAGAGCCGAGAAAUUUUGAGUUCAAUUGUCGAAGGUGUAAAGUUGAUUUUUGAGCUGACACUGCAAAGCUGCGGACGUUCUCAAAUCAUCUCGAAGCACGGGUAGGGUUUAAUUGACUCGGUAUUAUAGCCAACAUCCCCCAGCCGAUGCGUCUACCAAGACAAGAACCGCGUGAGGAUGUCAAAGGCAUUAUUGGCUACGGGUGGCUUGACAGCCCUCAAUUCCAGCUACAUUCCGCCACGCGGCUUGUCGUUCACGUAUCCCUCUGUAUCCACACUGAUUUGUCCUAGCCGCUCCAUUUGAGUCCUCCGUUUGCUCGACAUGGGCCGAGCAAAAAGGGUAGCUCCCAGCCAGGAGCUCAGCAUCUACAGCGUCUCCAUAACAUUGACCCCCCGCCCUCACAAGAGCCGUUCAAGUUGCAGGCGAUGCGCGUAUCCAGGACCGGCGAUAAGGAAGGUAGCACCGCCUGGCAUGUGCGGAAACUCCAUGGGAGCACAAAAUUCUUCCCGGAACACGGCCAUGAAGAUUUGCUGUUGCCGGCACGUACGGUCCACCAAGACAAUUACAGUAUGUCUGUACCUUCAAUGGCAUACAAUCCUCCAGUGUACAGUAAUAAAAAGCAUGUUGAUGGCCGAAACAACGAUUCCGCCUAUCGUGAGGUUGUUUAUGCAUAUCUUGGAUUGAGCAACGACGCCAAAUAAUGCACCAUUCCUAGUGCAGGACUGCGCCAGGAACAGCGCGAAUCAUGUGGGCCGUGGCUGACCGUCUGUCCAGCCUCAUCUGAAACUUGCAUGGACACUCGAUGACUUCCCCUGCAGGCCUGCUCCAACUUCUCUUAUCGCAGUAUCGUCGGCAGUCAUAUAUAUGGAUCCGCGGGAUAAUCUUACAACGCCCCUUUGGCAUGCAAGAGACAGUAACGGUCUGUCGAAGGAUGCUAACUCUCCAGCGCCUCCCGUCGUCAUUGUUGUGGAGGUCAUCAUCAGGGGAAAGGCGAAUAUCCAAGUCGACAAUGAUGCAUUCUUGUGGUGGAGCUCGAUAGAUUAGCAGACCUGGACAGCCCUGCUAGGAGGCCUGAAGCGGCUACAUUCUGCUCGUCAAUACGACCAUGGAGUUCUUGGCUGUACCGUUGCCGGCAUCUCAACGCCGCUUCCGAUCGAGAAAAUACAAUCUGCUACUAUUACAUCUAUUUAAUAUCAUUGCUUCCACUGCAGGCGUUGGACUCAGCCAUACGCGGUCGGGCUACUGCACCGUUCUCUUCUACUCCUGGGCUACGGUCACCACAUCAGACCUCUAUCUGCUGGCUUCUUUUAUUGAAUUGACGGAUCGAGUUGCAGAUCAACACCGAUCUUCUGCAUCGACUUGACACAGGCAGCGACAGUACAUCCUCCUGAACAUGGGUGUUCUCGGCACCAGCACGCUCCGCGUUUACGCUACUACUAAGCGAGAUACCUUGAUCCGGAUACGCCAGGGUUCUGCAUUAUUAUUCAGCCAACAAUAUUCCCAAUCCAGGCAACUGGCUAAUAAAAAUGAUCAUGGCAAUCUACAGAGCAGGAUGCGAGCCUUGUCCUUCGCAGUCUACCAGCUGGCGUGAUUCGUGGUGAAGCAAAGAAGAAUUCUCUCACGCGCCACAGACUACGCGCCGUUUCGCAGAUCAUCCUUUAUGAUUCUGAGGUCAACCAGGUUUGGAAGUAUCCCUUAUCCAUGUGCUCUAUUACUACAGUAUGUUCCACGUGGAAUAGCAUUUACUGUACCACGCUGUUGGUUCUUUGCAGCAACAGCUUUCCGAGUUCUUCCAAGGCUGAACUGCGACUGCUUCUUUUGCAAGGUAGGGCAUGCAUUGAGCUGGAAAGUUCGCUGCGUGCUGCUCAUCGCCUCCUCGAAACAUGUUCUAGUCAUUGCACAGCGAAGGUGAAACCCGAAUGCUUAUCUGGCAAGCAAGAUAUUUAUGGGCAUUUCUCGUUGGCGCUUCGAUGGUGCGUCCCGUGGUACACAGCAACUGCAUGGAUUGGUGCGCUGCCGGUGCCAAUGCAUGCGUUUUACACUUGUUCGUGACAUGUUUCACGACGUGGUCUUAAGCAGACAAUAAGAACGCAUCGGGGCCUGUCGUCGUUCGCGGUGGUCGUCAAAUGCUCCCACCGCAUCUGGAUCACCCUUCUUCUGGGCCUGGUUGCUCCCUCUGUCAUGUCCGAUACACAAGUUUGAGUGAAGACUGCCACGGUACAACGACAGUGACUACAGCGCGUUACCAGUGUAUUGAGAUGAUUGCCGCCCGCACCCAAGUGAUGAUACUUGGCGUGGCGACGUUUGUAUUGCAAGACUGCGAAUGUAGACCGUACCUUUGGAGAUGCCUCUGUCUGCCCACAAUAAGCGAGGCGUUUGCCUAGAGCAUGCACUUGAGAUCUGGGGAUCGACUUACUUGCAUGAACAAGAGCUUGUACCAUCUUAAGUGAUAAGGAGGCGAAGGUGCCAACGGUGUAGUAGUACACAGUCUCUUAAAUUACUGCCUUCUACAUUGCUACCUUGGCGGUGAUGCUUACCUCAGGUUUAGGU